AGCGUUUAUUCUUUAUCUUUAUUCUACUUUCACUCUACUGGACGAUCAGGCGGCGGUGGAUACCGUAUUCGAUUACAAGAACAAGCGUCCUGUUUCCACACACACUUUUCCGUACUUAUUUUGGACUACGCAGCAUUCCAACAUGUCUAUAGCCGAAUUCUUGGAUGGCAUGCCAUCCUUUGACGAACGCAAUUUUUCUCGUUUCCAUUCUGACAAUGGUCGAAGCAAGCGUGUACCAGUUUACAUAACAACUGAUGAUCAACCUUGCGACCAAGUUAUUGUUACUGACAAGUCAAAUUUGUUACUCCGUUAUUUACAUAACCAAUGGGAUAAAAAGCAUGGAGGUAAAAAAAGGGAACUGGUUGAAACAGGCGAAGAAUCUGGCUCAUCAUCUAGAAAACGCCCAAGAGUAGAUUUAGCUAUGUUAUAAAACUUUCUUGCAAUACGAUUAUUCCAAUGUAAGUUCUCUGAUGUUUUUGGACUAAAAUUCUUGAUUUGAUUGUUUUUAAGAGAAAUACAGUUUGCUAAUACAAGAAUGUAUUAUUGUCCAUAGACCAUUGCUUAAAACUAUUUCGUAAUACACUUGGUAUUAUUUUGAAUUAUUUUUAGAGUUUGCUAUAAUAUUCAAUUUACAACUGUUUCUGAGUUGUUUCACAAUUUAUAAGCUUUAAUUGUUAUACUGAUAAUAUUGUAUGUCUAAUAAUAAGU